CGAUUAAAGAACAGCACCGUAAGAACAACAUGCCGCUUCCGUUUCUCAUCCGAUCAGCGUGUGAGCGUGUGUGAGACCACCAGUAGUACACAAAAGCAUACAGCGAUCGGAUCGGCGAUGGUGUUGUAAGAAAAAGGUACAACAUCUUCUCUCGGCGAUGAGGCGAUGAGCGAUACGAUCCGGCAAAAUUGGUCCGCAGCUUCAAACAUCUCCACAGCCAUUCAGUUGUGCCAGUGGUUUUACGGUGUUCAGCGUGUCCAGUUCGUCGUCCGUCGCGGUCGUGGUGUGUUCUCGGUGAAAAUGAAAGCUGUACGCUGGGUUCGUGUUUCGCUUGCCCUGUGCAUCACAUUGCUUACGAUCCCUUGGACAGGGGGCUACAUCGUCGAUCCCGGCCCAGUCGUGAAGGCUACCAAAGGUGAAAUAUGGCCCAAACCGCGGAACCAAACUACGUCACAACAAUACUACACCAUCAAAACGGGAUCAUUUGCAUUUCAGUCUAUGAACUACAGCUGUGAUUUGUUGGAAAAAGCUCUUGAUCGGUAUCAAAAAUUGGUUUUAUCCAUCGGUAACACUACCCGACGCGCGAUGCACAACAGAGGCUAUGCUUUCCAAUCGCGCAAUGAACUGAGCUCCGCUAGUCACGCCAACCGUUCGUGGCGCUCGGAUACAAACUGGGCCGGCUAUCUAGAGCAGGUGCAGGUGGACUUGAAGGCACCGUGCGAGGAACUGCCCCAUCUUUCCAUGGAUGAAGAAUAUACGAUCAACAUUGAUGACUUUCAAGCGCGUUUAUCUUCCUUCUCCAUCUGGGGGAUGCUCCGUGCACUGGAAUCGUUCUCCCAAAUGGUCGUGCUAUCUGACGAUGGCAGCAUGCUGCGCAUAAACUCCACGACAAUCGAUGAUGGUCCUCGUUUUUCCCACCGUGGCUUACUGGUCGACACUUCGCGCCACUUUAUCGACACCUGCACGUUGGUGAAAAUCCUCGAUGGAAUGGCCUACAACAAGCUGAAUGUAUUCCAUUGGCACAUCGUUGACGAUCACAGCUUCCCGUACGAAAGUAAAGCGUUCCCCGAGCUAAGUGAGAAGGGUGCGUACCACCCAUCGAUGGUGUACACCCAGCGCGACAUUCAAAUGAUCAUUGAGGAGGCAAGGCUGCGAGGCAUCCGCGUGAUGUCGGAGUUCGAUACGCCCGGACAUACACGAUCGUGGGGUGUUUCGCAUCCGGAACUGUUGACCGAAUGCCAGGAUCAGUAUCGUGGAAAGCUAGGACCGAUGGAUCCAACGCGUGAAUCUACCUACACCUUUCUGUCGAAUCUGUUCCGCGAGGUGAUCGAGGUGUUCCCUGAUCAGUACGUCCACCUUGGCGGGGACGAGGUUGGGUUCGAGUGCUGGGCUAGCAAUCCCAACAUACUGGAGUACAUGAAACAGAACCGGUUGUAUUCGUUCGAGAUGCUGGAAGAAAAGUUUAUCCAGCGCAUUGUCGAUCAGAUCGAUGUGCUCAACCGAAGCUCGCUAGUGUGGCAGGAGGUUUACGUAAACGGUGUUCGACUACCGAAAGGUACGGUGGUUCACGUUUGGACGGGCAAUCGGCAGGAACUGCUGAACAAGAUCACUCGCGAUGGUUUACCUGCACUGCUGUCCUCCUGCUGGUAUCUGGAUCAUCUCAGCACCGGUGGUGAUUGGCGCAAGUUCUACAACUGCGAUCCACACGAUUUUAUCGGAACGGGCCAGCAGAAAUCGCUCGUACUAGGUGGUGAAGCUUGCAUGUGGUCCGAGGUGGUAAAUGGGCACAACAUACUGCCCCGCAUUUUUCCCCGUGUUUCUGCGACGGCUGAAAAGCUUUGGUCACCGGCAAGUGUUAACAAUGCGGAUGAAGCGGCCCGCCGACUGGAGGAGCAGACGUGCCGGAUGAAUCAUCGCGGCAUACCUGCACAGCCACCCAAUGGGCCAGGGUUCUGUAUUUGAUGUAACCUAUCAACGGUAUUACAUGCUAUGCAAAACAGGAUAAGGAAUUACGGUGAGUUUAUCCGAAACUGAAUUACAAUAAAGAUGCAGAUUGACUGGUUAAAUUUAACAAAAUAAAUUAAAUUUACUACAUAAA